AUGGGUUUCUUCGGAGGUAGGGGCCGUGGCAAGGGCCGCAAUGGCCGCCAGAACCGAGGCACACAACCAUACAAUGCUGUACCGCAAGGCGUGUCUCAUGGGUACCAUAAGUCUGGUGGUGGCAAGAAAAGCCGGUCUUGCAACCCGAAGGUAGCAUGCUUCGCGGUAUUGGUAUGGAUGGCCGUAGUGGUCAUGAGUGUGAUCACACUCGUCGGAUGCAUGAGCAAAGCCCCGGGAAUUGACCAGCUCUACCUUGUUGAACUGCGUCAAAAUACAUCUUAUGAAUUCCGAUUUGACAUUGGGUAUUUCGGCGGAUGUAUAUCCACAUCACCCUUAGACGAAAGCGCGAGCAGCUCCUCCACUCACUGCGUUGGCAACCUCCGCGCCCCUGACCUCGACGACCUCACCGAAACCUUUAUCGAGAAGCUCCCAAGUGCAGGUGAUCUCGCACCAGUCCUAAACACCGCGCUUCCUCUAGCCCGAGACCUCCAAACAAACGUCUUCUUCUUCCCCCUUCCCCCAAUCCACCUCUUCUUCUUCGGCCUCAGCGGCAUCAUCCUCUUAUUCGGACUAGGCGGCAAAGCGCGCAGCCGCGCAUACAAAUUCGGCGUCGUUGUCGCCGCUGUAUUGGGGGCACUGGCCAUGACCACAGCAUUCAUCAUGUGCAUUGGGUCGCUGCAAGCCAUGAACGCGCUAGAGCUGCUCAUUGGCGGCGACAAUACCGAUGCCAGCACCGAUGCAAAUAUAAUAGCCGACCCUGUGAGAAUCGACAUUGGCAACGGGAUAAGGCUACAUGGCGCGCAUAGGUUGGCGCACGUGCAAUAUGCGCUGGCGGCGUUUACGAUGCUGUUCUACGUCUUGCUUGGGACUAUGUAUGCGAAGAGGAAGCCGGAUGAACCAAUUGUGGUUAUGAGUGCGAAUCCUAUGCGGUGUGCGAGGAGGUAG